AUUGACGACGGUGGCGUGAGGGUAGGUGUUGCCACAACGUUAUCUCUUCAGCGUGAGCUUAGAAACUUCUGGUGCGUUAUCUCGAUCUUCUGGUGCUGCAGGGUGAGCACUAGCACCUACUUCUGGUGUGUUGUUUUGGCCGCCGGCAACGAUGACGUACUGAUAGUCUGAUACACCUGCUGAACUGCCACCAGUUUCAUAACUUUACAGAUUGAUUGUGCUGCAAUGGGAGAUACGGAUCGUAGCUGGAUGUAUGGGAAACGUAAUACGUUUGAAUAUAUGCAAGGGGUUGAAAAUUUUCUAAAAUAUGCUGAAGAAAAUAAAAGUAAAAAUGCUGAAGAAUUUCUAGUGUGCCCCUGUUGUGAUUGUAAGAAUCUGAGGAAAUUUUGUAGUUUUGAGCAAGUGAAGAGCCAUUUAAUAUGCCGUGGGUUUAAGAAAGGUUAUAACCGGUGGAUAUGGCAUGGUGAAAGUGUACUUCCUAGUACAAACACCAUAUGCAAUGAUGAAGAGAAUGAUGAUAAUGAAAAGAAUGUAGACAGGGAGAAAAAUGGAGAGAAUGAUCGAAUAGAUGAAAUCAUGCGUGAUAUUCAAGGAAAUUUUAGUGAAUUGCCUCAUGUAUUUGAAAGUUUGUUUGUUGAUUCAGAAAAACCUUUGUUCUCUGGGUGUAGUAGAUUUACAAAGUUAUCUGCUGUGUUAAAAUUAUAUAAAUUAAAAGCAGAGAAUGGGUGCAGUGAUAAGAGCUUUACGCAGUUAUUAGAACUUUUAAAAGACAUGCUUCCUGAUGAUAAUGAGCUUCCUAUUUCAACUUAUGAGGCAAAGAAAAUGUUGUGUCUGUUGGGUAUGGAGAUUAAGAAAAUACAUGCAUGUCUAAAUGAUUGUGUACUCUAUUGGAAAGAGUACAGUGAUUUACAUGUGUGUCCAAAGUGUGGGGCGUCACGUUACAAAAGAAAGAGUGUUGAUGAUGGGUGUGGGGGUAAGAAAGGCCCUCCGGUGAAGGUGUUAUGGUAUUUACCAAUAAUUCCGAGGAUCAAACGUUUGUUUGCAAAUCCAAUUGAUGCGAAAUAUUUGCAAUGGCAUGCUAAAGGGAGAAAAAAUGAUGGAAAAUUAAGACACCCAGCCGAUUCUUCUCAAUGGAGGGACAUUGAUAGAGCAUUUCCUGAAUUUGGUAAUGAAAACAGGAAUCUUAGGCUUGGGUUAUGCAUCGGUGGAAUGAACCCCCAUGGUAACAUUAAUAGUCGACAUAACACUUGGCCGGUUCUUUUGGUUGCUUACAAUCUUCCUCCUUGGUUGUGUUUGAAGCGCAAGUACAUCAUGCUGUCAUUGCUUAUUUCAGGGCCUAAACAACCAGAUGACAUAGAUGUGUACUUAGCACCACUUGUGGAAGAUUUAAAAAUGUUGUGGAACGAAGGUGUGACGGUGUUUGAUGCAUAUAGUCAAACAAACUUCACUUUGCAAGCCAUGGUAUUUUGCACAAUAAAUGAUUUUUCAACAUAUGAUAACUUGUCAGGCUAUAAUACUAAAGGAGCGAAGGCAUGCCCUAUUUGUGAAGAUGAAACAAGUGAUCUUUGGUUGAGCAACAGUAAAAAAAAUGUCUUGAUGAAUCAUCGGAUCUUUCUCCCUAUUGGUCAUCCUUAUCGAAAGAUGAUAAAGUGUUUUAAUGGAAAAGCUGAGACACGAGUUGCCCGCUUUCCAUUAUCAGGGCGUGUGGUUUAUGAAAGAGUUAAACAUCUUAAUGUUGAUUUGGGCAAAACAUCUAAACCUGCUGAAAAUAAUCUUUGGAAAAAAAAAGUCAAUAUUUUGAGAUCUACCAUAUUGGGAGUAUUUAUUUGUACGACAUUGUCUUGAUUUGAUGGAUGUGGAGAAAAAUGUUUGUGACAGUAUUGUUGGGACAUUAUUGAAUAUCCAGGGUAAGACUAAAGAUGACAUUAAAGCUAGAAAAGGUAUGGUAGAAAUGGGAAUACGAGAUAAGUUAGCAUCGCAAAAAUCAGGAAAGCGGACAUACUUACCUCCAGCUUGUUAUACUAUGUCUGAAAAAGAGAAAACAAGCUUUUGUGGAUGCUUGAAUGAUGUGAAGGUUCCUAAAGGUUACUCAUCCAAUAUUAAAAAACUUGUUUCAAUGAAGGAUUUGAAGUUGGUUCGUAUGAAGCCUCAUGAUUGCCAUAUUUUAAUGCAGCACAUGUUACCCGUGGCUAUUCGAGAUGUUUUACCAAAAUAUGUUAGGCAUGCCACUAUAAAGCUUUGUUUCUUUUUCAAUGUUAUUUGUAGUAAAGUUGUUGAUAUUGAGGUAUUGGAUGAUUUGCAGGCAGAAGUGGUAGUGACUUUGUGUCAAUUUGAAAUGUAUUUCCCUCCCUCAUUCUUUGACAUUAUGGUGCACUUAAUUGUUCAUUUGGUGAGAGAAAUUAAGAUGUGUGGUCCAGUGUUUUUAAGAUGUAUGUAUCCGUUUGAGAAAUUCAUGGGGAUACUGAAAGGAUAUGUGAAAAAUCGGUUUCAACCAGAAGGUAGUAUCAUUGAAGGUUAUGUUGCUGAGGAGGUGGUUGAGUUUUGUACGGAUUAUUUGGCAAAUGUUGAAUCCAUUGGUGUUCCUAA